AAUCUGUUCUUCUUGAUUUUCAAGUUAAGAAAGCAGGGAAUUAAUGCCACUUUUCACUUCUAGUUACCGUUACUUCACAAGCUCACUAAAGCCACACUCUGUCGUUAGUCACAGCUUUUUUUUCUGCUUUCAAAUCAUACCAAACCAUGGAAAUACUUCUGAUGUAUGUUUAUAUAUAUUGAUACGUGUAUAAAUGUUCUGCUUAGGCAUACAGCCAGAGAAGUAGGCCAUUUGAAUUCAAAGAAAAGGAAGAAGCCAAAAAUGUAUCCAAGGGUCAGGGUUAGGAAACAAGAACAACAACAAGAAGAAGAAGAAUAUGAACUUUCUCCACCGAAGGAAAAUGGAGCUUUGCUAUUCUUGAAGAUUAUUGAAUCUCUAGCUCUGCAAGAGAAGGAGAAUCAAAGUUUGUCACCACCAGCAGCUUCAACUACCAGAACCACAAAGCCUAAUGUUUCAGGUUUAGCAACACCACCAGUUUCUGCCUCUAAAGUGAAGAACACCAAACCUCAACCAAUUUCGCGUCCUCGAGCAGUAUUAUCCAGUCCUGCUAACGAUGGCAUCAUAGGAACCAGAAGCAAAGUAAAUAAAAGUGGAAGAUCUUCGGGUUUGAGAAAGUGUAAUUCUGAACCAAAGAAGCCAACCCAAAUCCAGGAUAUUGCUAGUCAGGCUAAAACAGAGAGGCAUAUGGCAAUUGGGAACAUCAGAAAAGGAUCAAAGCCUCUUUCCAGUGCCGCAUGCAGUUUUUCUAAUAACAAGAAGAGAGCACUUUCCUCAAGGAUUGGCGGUUCAAAUCCAAAGAACAUCUUAGAGCAGCAAUGAUAUACUCGUCGCUGCCACUUGUUUACUUUCUCAUGCUUCUCUAAAUUUUGAAAUUUUUUCACUGUUUCGAAGGCUUAUUUAUUUCCUGAUUGUAUGGCUAAUUUGCAUAAA